AUGCCGCCAAAGAGGAAACGCGCCGAUGAUGCAACAGCGGCAACUGGAGACUCGGGAACGUCGACCAGAGCUACUCGUGCCUCGACGAGGGGUUCUAAGAAGUCUACGAAAGCCACCAGCGAUGGUGUAGUUGAGCCGGCGGACAGCGUCGAGGCUGGGCCUGCCACCAAGAAACCGAAGAACAAGGCCAGCAAGAGUAAAUCUGUGACAGAGCCAUCUUCGAGUGCCGUUCAAACUGCAGGAAAGACAGGGACAAAAGGCGUCGACGAGCCAGCGCACAGUAAGGGUAAAUCUCUCCCACCUCAGGAUGUAAUUCCUCCUCCCGCUGUAUCGCUCACUAAUACAACACCAGCGACUAUACCCCCGCCCAAACCCGUGCUGCCACUCAAAAAUGAACCCUACACACCUCAACGUUCUCUCUCCCUCUUCCAAAGUUACGCUGACAGCGACAACCCCAAUGUGAUUGGUCCCGAAUCGUUUGAGACACUUUGCAGUGCUGCGAAUAUCCCUUUGGAUGGCUCGCUACCUUUAAUUUUGGCGUGGCAAAUGCAGGCGAAGGAGAUGGCUAAAAUAUCGAAGGACGAGUGGGUGAAGGCCACCGAGUCGCUCAAAAUCUCCUCACUUUCCCAACUGACGAUCGCUUUGACUGAUCUGGAAAACCUGCUGAUUCUGGGGAAGCCAAGUCUCAAAAAAUCCGCAAAGAAGGAUCAGGAUCCUUAUGACCGGACACUUUACUACUCUUACGCAGACGACGCAAAAGCUGCUUUCCAAAAGUUUUACAUGUUCUGUUUUUCCCUAGCCAAACCGGAGCAAUCAAGAAACAUUGACAUGGAGACCUCAAUGGCCUUCUGGUCUGUGCUACUCACCCCCCACUAUCCCGUCAUGAAAGAAGUCCUCCAAUUCAUUACCGAAAGGCAAGGAACCUACAGGGCUGCCAACAAAGAUCUUUGGAGCAUGAUGCUCGAGUUCUGUGUGACCGUCAAGCCGACCCUUCAAGACUACGAAGCUGAUGGAGCAUGGCCGACACUACUGGAUGACUAUGUUGCCUGGAAAAAGAGUAAGACAAGCGCCGAUUCUUUGGAGACUGACUAA